AUGCCUGUGCGCAGAGGCCAUGUGGCUCCGCAGAACACCUUCCUGGGCACCAUCAUCCGCAAAUUCGAAGGGCAAAAUAAAAAAUUCAUCAUUGCUAACGCCAGAGUGCAGAACUGUGCUAUCAUCUACUGCAACGAUGGGUUCUGUGAGAUGACGGGCUUCUCCAGGCCGGAUGUCAUGCAAAAACCAUGCACUUGUGACUUCCUUCAUGGGCCGGAGACCAAAAGGCACCACGUUGCCCAAAUUGCCCAGGCAUUGCUGGGGUCAGAGGAGAGAAAAGUAGAAGUCACUUAUUAUCACAAAGAUGGCUCCACCUUCAUUUGCAACACCCACAUCAUCCCAGUGAAAAAUCAGGAGGGCGUGGCCAUGAUGUUUAUUAUUAACUUUGAGUAUGUCACGGAUGAGGAGAACAUAGAGUCUCCAGAGAAAUUCAACCAGAUACUAUCAGCCAAAGUUGCAAACCGCAAACUUUUUGGGUUCAAGAUUCCUGGGCUGAGUCUUUUAUCAUACCGAAAGCAGUCCUUGCCGCAGGAAGAUCCCGAUGCUGUGAUAGUGGAUUCUUCCAAGCGCAGCAAUGACUCCAUGGCUAUGAAGCACUUUAAGUCUCCUACAAAGGAAAGCUGCAGCCCCUCAGAAGCAGACGAUACCAAGGCUCUGAUCCAGCCAAGCACGUGUUCUCCUCUGGUGAAUAUAUCGGGACCUCUUGAUCAUUCAUCACCAAAACGGCAAUGGGACCGACUGUACCCGGACAUGCUUCAUUCAAGCACUGCGCUUACCCACGCUCCAUCAAAGGAAAGCAUCUGCAGUAUAAGGAGAGCAUCUUCAGUACACAAUAUAGAAGGAUUUAAUAUCCAGCCCAAGAAUGUGUUUCGGGACCGGCAUGCUAGUGAAGACAAUGGUCGCAAUGUCCAAGGUCCUUUCAACCAUAUCAAGUCAAGUCUAUUAGGAUCUACGUCCGAUUCAAACCUCAACAAAUACACCACCAUCAACAAGAUUCCCCAGCUCACCUUGAACUUUUCUGAUAUCAAAAAUGAAAAAAAAAGUUCAUCACCUCCGUCUUCAGAGAAAACAAUUAUUGCACCCAAAGUGAAAGAUAGAACACACAAUGUAACUGAAAAAGUUACCCAGGUCCUAUCCUUAGGAGCUGAUGUUUUGCCGGAAUAUAAACUCCAAACACCUCGCAUCAACAAGUUUACUAUAUUGCACUAUAGCCCUUUCAAAGCAGUCUGGGACUGGCUCAUUUUGCUACUGGUCAUCUACACAGCCAUCUUCACCCCUUACUCUGCAGCCUUCCUUCUCAACGACAAUGAGGAGCAGAAGAGGCGGGAGUGCGGCUAUUCCUGCAACCCACUGAACAUGGUAGACUUGAUCGUGGAUAUCAUGUUUAUCAUUGACAUUCUAAUAAACUUUCGGACGACGUACGUCAACCAGAAUGAAGAAGUGGUAAGUGACCCAGCCAAAAUAGCAAUCCACUACUUCAAAGGCUGGUUCCUAAUUGACAUGGUUGCUGCAAUCCCUUUUGACCUGCUGAUUUUUGGAUCCGGUUCUGAUGAGACAACUACAUUGAUUGGACUUCUGAAGACUGCCAGAUUGUUACGUUUGGUGAGGGUUGCCCGGAAACUGGACCGAUAUUCUGAAUACGGGGCUGCUGUUCUGAUGCUCCUAAUGUGCAUCUUUGCUCUCAUUGCUCACUGGCUGGCUUGCAUUUGGUAUGCUAUUGGGAACGUUGAGCGCCAUUACCUAGUUAAUAAAAUUGGCUGGCUGGAUUCCCUUGGAGAUCAGCUGGGGAAACAUUACAAUCGGAGUGAUGUCAACUCAGGACCAUCCAUCAAGGACAAAUAUGUCACAGCGCUUUAUUUUACCUUCAGCAGUUUAACAAGUGUGGGAUUUGGAAAUGUGUCUCCAAACACCAACUCCGAGAAAAUAUUCUCCAUCUGUGUCAUGCUGAUUGGCUCAUUAAUGUAUGCAAGCAUUUUUGGAAAUGUAUCUGCAAUAAUCCAAAGGCUGUAUUCAGGGACCGCACGGUAUCACAUGCAGAUGUUGCGUGUGAAAGAGUUCAUACGCUUUCAUCAGAUUCCUAACCCUCUGAGGCAGCGGCUCGAAGAGUACUUUCAGCAUGCUUGGACCUACACAAACGGCAUUGACAUGAACAUGGUCCUAAAGGGAUUUCCAGAAUGUUUACAAGCUGAUAUCUGUCUACACCUCAACCAGAGUUUACUUCAGAACUGCAAAGCUUUCCAGGGAGCCAGUAAAGGCUGUCUCCGGGCGUUGGCUAUGAAAUUUAAGACAACACAUGCGCCUCCUGGAGAUACUCUAGUGCAUUGUGGUGACAUUCUGACUGCACUUUAUUUCCUGUCACGAGGCUCCAUUGAAAUCCUCAAGAAUGACAUGGUUGUAGCAAUUCUUGGCAAAAAUGAUAUAUUUGGAGAGAUGGUACAUCUUUAUGCAAAACCAGGGAAGUCUAAUGCAGAUGUGAGAGCUUUAACCUACUGUGAUUUGCAUAAGAUUCAACGAGAAGACCUGCUAGAAGUUUUGGAUAUGUACCCAGAAUUUUCCGACCUGUUUCUCACCAAUCUGGAGCUCACUUUCAAUCUAAGACAUGAGCACCCCAAAACUGAGCUUGCAAUAAGGUCACAGAGCACAAACGGUUCCGACGGUGACAACAGCCAGCUACGGAGACGGAAACUGUCUUUUGAAAGCGAAAUUGAUAAAGACUACGACAAAGAGGACAGGGAAUCAGCGGAUAACAUAAGACAUUAUCAGGGCAGCAAGAAACAUUUUGAAGAAAAGAGAAGCCAGUCAUCUUCUUUUGUGUCAUCCAUUGAUGAUGAGCAGAAACCCUUGUUCUCCGGGAUCAUCGGCUACCCACCGGUAAUGGGCAAGGCAGCAGUGCUAGAUUUUGAAGAGAUGGUGCAUGUCACAGAAAGAAUCCAAAUGGAAAAGAGAAGUCAUUCUUGCAAAGAUAUUAGUGACAGAAGAAUAUGGGAGGAGGAUCACAGCAUAAAUCACCAGGAGUCAUCCAGUCAAUCAGUUUUGCCUCAUGUCACCUGGGGUGUCUCUGAAACAGACAGUGAGAUCAACUAUGGAGAAGUGGAACAGAGGCUAGAUUUACUUCAAGAGCAGCUCAACAGACUCGAAUCCCAAAUGACUGCUGACAUUCAAACCAUCCUCCAGCUCCUGCAGAGGCAACCAGCACUCAUUCCACCGGCCUAUAGUUUGGUGACCGCAAGUACAGAUUAUCAGAGACCAGCUGUCCGGAUGGUUCAAAGUCUUCAUCCUGUAGCAUCCAUUAAAACAGACAAAAGCUUCAGCCCUUCACAGUGUCCCGAAUUCCUAGACCUUGAAAAAUCAAAACUGAAAUCCAAAGAAUCCCUCUCAAGUGGAGUGCACCUUAAUACAGCCUCAGAAGAUAAUCUGGCAUCAUUUUUGGAACAAGAGCACGAUCAGCCUUUAGAACUACCCCCACGACAUUGUAAGACUUACCUCCACCCAGUCAGGCAUCCAUCUUUGCCAGAUUCUUCCCUAAGCUCUAUAGGAAUCUUGGGUCUUCAUAGGCAUGUUUCUGACCCUGGUCUUCCUGGGAAAUAACCCUUUUAUACUCUUACAUCACCUAAAAUGUAAGUGCUUUUAAUGGCUGGGGUUUUUUUUCCUUUUUUGUAUUUAAAUCCUCUAUACUUGACUCA